UCCGCCGCCUCUUCGCGCGGGGCCUCGCAGGACUCGGUGGGGGGGCGACGAGCGGGACCCCCGAAGGAAGCGGAGCCCCCCCCCCUCUCUCGGCCCCCAUCGCCCCCUUGGCCCCGCCCCGCCCUUUCCCCGCGAAGGACCCUCAGGCGCCGCGCGGGCAGCCCCGGCUGGGCCCGGCAGAGGCGGCGGCGGCGGCGGCGCGCUGGGAAGAGUCAUCGGGCCGAAUCCCUUGGCGAGUCCUCCUCUGAAGAUGGCCGACUCAACCGGUGCUGUGGAGGCGCAUCUGAACCGGGCAGCAGGGCCCAGAAGAUAGAAAUGAAACAGCUGUGAAAGAGGACAGGCCCACCGUGGACAUGAGUCACUCUGCCGCAGACCCCCCUCCGGGAGAGGAGAUGCCAGCGGAGACCUCGGCCACCGUGUCCCCCCAGGGAGACGGUGGUGGGCCGGCCCUCGGGGUCAUCACAGAAGGGCUGGGCGAGCUGGCCGUGAUCGACCCCGAGGUGGCCAAGAAGGCCUGCGAGGAAGUUCUGGAGAAGGUCAAGUCGAUGCACUGCGUCUCGCCGGACGGGUCCAUCCGGGCCAAGGACAGGAAGGGAGGGAGCCGCUGGCCGGGGCUGAACGGCGAGUGCUGCGAGAUCAAGUGUCUGGACGACCCCCCCGAGAAGAUCUGGGAGGAGGACGAGCACCCCCCGAACUCUGUGAAGGGCGUCCGUCGGCGCCAGAAAAACAACUCGGCCAAGCAGUCGUGGCUCCUGCGGCUCUUCGAGUCCAAGCUCUUCGACAUCUCCAUGGCCAUCUCGUACCUCUACAACUCCAAGGAGCCCGGCGUGCAGGCCUACAUCGGGAACCGCCUCUUCUGCUUCCGCCACGAGGAGGUGGACUUCUACCUGCCGCAGCUGCUCAACAUGUACAUCCACAUGGACGAGGACGUGGGCGACGCCAUCAAGCCCUACAUCGUGCACCGCUGCCGGCAGAGCAUCAACUUCUCCCUCCAGUGCGCCCUCCUGCUGGGCGCCUACUCCUCCGACAUGCACAUCUCCACCCAGCGCCACUCGCGCGGCACCAAGCUGCGCAAGCUCAUCCUGUCCGACGAGCUCAAGCCGGCCGCCCGGAAGAGGGAGCUGCCCCCCCUGGUGCCGGCCCCCGAGGCCGGGCUCUCCCCCACCAAGCGGACUCACCAGCGCUCCAAGUCGGACGCCACCGUCAGCAUCAGCCUGGGCAGCAACCUCAAGCGCACCGCCAGCAACCCCAAGGUGGAGAGCGAGGACGAGGGACUGUCAUCGAGCUCCGAAAGUCUCGAUAGAUCAUUUUGUUCCCCCGUCCGCCUGGCCCCCGAGCGGGAAUUCAUCAAGUCGCUGAUGGCCAUCGGGAAGCGGCUGACCACGCUGCCCACCAAGGAGCAGAAGACGCAGAGGCUGAUCUCCGAGCUCUCCCUGCUCAACCACAAGCUGCCCGCCCGCGUCUGGCUGCCCACCGCCGGCUUUGACCACCACGUGGUGCGGGUGCCCCACACCCAGGCGGUGGUCCUGAACUCCAAGGACAAGGCUCCCUACCUGAUCUACGUGGAAGUACUUGAGUGCGAAAACUUCGACACCACGAACGUCCCGGCCCGGAUCCCCGAGAACCGGAUCCGCAGCACCCGCUCGGUGGAGAACCUGCCCGAGUGCGGCAUCACAUACGAGCAGCGCGCCAGCAGCUUCACCACCGUGCCCAACUACGACAACGACGACGAGGCCUGGUCUGUGGACGACAUUGGGGAGCUGCAGGUGGAGCUGCCCGAGCUACACACCAGCAGCUGCGACAACAUCUCGCAAUUCUCGGUGGACAGCAUCACCAGCCAGGAGAGCAAGGAGCCGGUUUUCAUCGCUGCGGGAGACAUCAGGCGGCGUCUCUCCGAGCAGCUGGCCCACACGCCCACCUCCUUCAAGAGGGACCCCGAAGACCCCUCGGCCGUCGCCCUGAAGGAGCCCUGGCAGGAGAAAGUGAGGCGGAUCCGAGAGGGCUCCCCUUACGGCCACCUGCCCAACUGGCGGCUCCUCUCCAUGAUCGUGAAGUGUGGGGAUGACCUCCGGCAGGAGCUGCUGGCCUUCCAGGUGCUCAAGCAGCUGCAGGCCAUCUGGGAGCAGGAGCGCGUCCCCCUGUGGAUCAAGCCUUACAAAAUCCUGGUCAUCUCGGCCGACAGCGGCAUGAUCGAGCCGGUGGUCAACGCCGUCUCCAUCCACCAGGUGAAGAAGCAGUCCCAGCUCUCCCUGCUGGACUUCUUCCUGCAGGAGCACGGCCAGUUCACCUCCGAGGGAUUCCUCACCGCCCAGCGCAACUUCGUGCAGAGCUGUGCCGGCUACUGCCUGGUCUGCUACCUGCUGCAGGUGAAGGACAGGCACAAUGGCAACAUCCUGCUGGACGCGCAUGGCCACAUCAUCCACAUCGACGGCUUCAUCCUCUCCAGCUCCCCCCGUAAUCUGGGUUUCGAAACCUCGGCCUUCAAACUGACCGCCGAGUUUGUGGACGUGAUGGGCGGCAUUGGGGGAGACAUGUUCAACUACUUCAAGAUGUUGAUGCUGCAGGGCCUAAUCGCCGCUCGCAAACACAUGGACAAGGUGGUGCAGAUCGUGGAGAUCAUGCAGCAAGGCUCCCAGCUUCCCUGCUUCCACGGCUCCAGCACUAUCCGGAACCUGAAGGAGCGCUUCCACAUGAACAUGACGGAGGAGCAGCUGCAGGUGCUGAUCGAGCAGCUGGUGGACGGCAGCAUGCGCUCGCUCACCACCAAGCUCUACGACGGCUUCCAGUACCUCACCAACGGCAUCAUGUGACAGCCAGAACCGGACCUUCCCCUCCGGCAGCUCUCCCGUCCUCCCCGUCCUCCUCCCAGCCCAGGGUCCAGGAUGGACCGGAUGGACACCGCUGGGCUGGACCACCGCAAGGAGAGAGAGGCAGCCGCCGGAGGAG